GGGCUGGGCUCAAUGCUGGGAAUUCACGUCAUUUCGCCGUUUACACAUCCAAGUCAAUGAGCAGCACCACGGAGAUGUCCGCCUUUUAGUCCAGUCUUCCAGGAAGAGAAUUAACCAACGCGUCGCCGAAAUGUAGAGCACAGCACCAACAGAAAACAAAGAACUUUCACGCGUUUAUGAUGAACAUGGUCAUAUAAUGGAUUGAUAACAAACCUUAAACGUAUUUAUUACGUGGCCCGUAACCCUCCAAGUCAGGGAGUCGGGUGUGGGUGUUUUCUUUCUGGUUUAUUUCAAAGAGGAGAACGGGAAAAGGAAAGUGGGAAGAGGAGAACUUCCUGAAUUUAGCGAGACAUGUCAGAAUCCCCAUCGCAGAUCAUAACCAAGCAGGAGAGGAGCUCAUUCAGUCCUUCCUCCGCGAGCCCCCUGCCAAACUCCACUUCCUCCCCCGUCCAUGCUCCCACAGCCAGGCCAGCCAGCCGAAUGGAGGAUGAGCCUGCCAGGCUGCCCGUGCACCUGCGCCUGCAGCCGGUGUUCUGGAGCAGGGAGGACGUGGGCCAAUGGUUGCGCUGGGCCGAGAGGGAGUUUGCCCUGCGUCCCAACACCAGUGGCAGUUUCCAGAUGAACGGCAAGGCCCUGCUCCUUCUCACCAAGGAGGACUUCCGCUACCGGUCGCCCCACUCCGGGGACGUCCUGUACGAGCUGCUGCAGCACAUCCUGAAGCAGAGGAAGCCGCACGCCUCCUACCCCUCCGCCUACUUCCCCGGCAACUCCUUCCACCCUCUGCCAGAGGGAGCUCUCCAGCACCACAAACUGGAAGAAACGGUACGGCGAACACCACGUGGUACAGAGCCCCAACCCCAGCACCCACCCACCAUUGAGCUCCGACACCGCUCCCGCUCGCCUCCCCGCCUCUCCCCCCUGGACCCCAACUACCCACGUCCUGGUGCCGAGGACCACCUCCAGACGUCCUCCCAGCUGCCCGACAGCAACCACCACCUGCCCGAGGACUUGUACACUCUGUCGGUGUCCCCUGCUGCCCCUAACGGCCGCUGUGCCACGCCCCGCGAAGCCCCCUGCCCAGGCAGCCCCGGGUGCCAGGACGCUGCCCCCCCCCGUGUCAUCCAGCUCAUGCCCAGCGCCAUCAUGCACCCCCUGCUGCUUAGCCCAGGGAGAGGAGGUGUCGCUGGAGACUUCAGGCACGGUCGUGGUGGGCCACCACUUCAGGCCCCCCAUGAAAAUGGGCGUGAGGGGAAGGGCCACAUCCAGCUGGCACUGGCCCACCACCAGCAGCACGCUCUACAUCAGCAGGAGGAGGCGCUCUACAGGAACCACCACGUCAUUGUGCCCGUCUCACCACCAGAGGAACAGGCAAUGCCCAUUGGACGGAUAGCAGACUGCAGGCUGCUGUGGGACUACGUCUACCAGCUCCUCUCAGACAGCCGGUACGAGAACUACAUCCGCUGGGAGGACACAGAGACCAAAGUCUUCCGCAUCAUGGACCCCAACGGCCUGGCUCGCCUGUGGGGGAACCACAAGAACAGGACCAAUAUGACGUACGAGAAGAUGUCACGAGCACUGAGACACUACUACAAACUGAACAUUAUCAGGAAAGAGCCAGGACAGAGACUCUUAUUCAGGUUCAUGAAAACCCCAGAUGAGAUUAUGAGUGGACAAACUGACAGGCUGGAGCACAUAGAGUCGGACACAGACGAUCAAAUCUACAUCAAAGAGGAAUGCUGAGGCCUCUGGGAAAUGGAGUCCACUAAAAGUGAUGAACUACUACAGCCGCUGAUGCCUUUCAGAAAGCUGCUCGAACAAUCGUUUCAAACCAAGAGCGCCCGGACAUUCACUCUAUCCAAAACUCAGAGGAACUUGAUGGUGACGUCUCUCUGCCUUUUAAAACAUUAGAAGAUUUUCUUUCCAGACAAAUCUUAUCAGUUGUUUUCUGUCUUAAUGCAAGGAGUUCAAAGGACCUGGUGAAAAGUAUAUCUCAUAAGACAUUCCUUUUCCCUGAACUGCCACAGCAAAUCAAAUCAUUUCAUGCUUGUCAUGUCAUACAUUGUUGAUUUUUCUUCCCCAUGUGUGCAUUAAGUAUAAGAAAAUGUUGCAAUUUGUGCAACUAAUGGGAGGGGGUGUGUAGCUGGAACGUUUUCACCACAGAAUAAAUCUUUUUGAUCAA